AAAAAAACCGCCGGUAGAGGGAUGCGGCCAUUCGUCUUGAUGGGAAGCGAUAACAAGUUAUGAGUUAGAUAUUAUCAUUAUCUUCCUAAUUUUCGAGUCAAUGGAUGAAGAAGAUUCUUUAGAAUUACUCUUAGUGAAGGUGACUAAUCCACUGGUAAAACCGAACAUAGAAACACUCCAGGCAGUAUGUUUACAAUUGGACAAGGAGGAAGAUGGUCCGCAGACUUCCCUUCGUUUCCUCGCUCAUAAAAUACAAUCACCUCAAGAACGGGAAGCCAUGUUAGCUCUUUUUGUAUUGGAAGAAAUGGUCAAAAGAUGUAGCUCCAAGUUUCAUAACGAAAUAGGAAAAUUUCGUUUCUUAAACGAAAUGAUAAAGGUUGUUUCUCCAAAAUAUAUGGGAAACAAAGCCUCGUCAAAUGUAAAAAAGAAGAUUGUAGAGUUGAUGUUUAAGUGGAGCAUGGAGCUUAAGCACGAACCAAAGAUAUUCGAAGCAUAUCAGAUGUUAAAACGUCAAGGAGUCGUCACCGAAGAUCCAGUGGGCGUCUUGGAGGAUUACACUCCACCCAAUCCGCCACCUCCCAGGCCCAAGAAUGACAUAUUUGAAGAUGAAGAAAAAUCGAAGUUGUUACAAAGGCUAUUACAGAGCAGGAAUCCGGUGGAUCUGCAAGCGGCUAAUCAGCUCAUCAAAACUAUGGUCCAGCAGGCGGAUAAGAGAAUGGAGCAGAUAGCGAGGCGAGCCAACGAAUUAGAAACUGUACAUAAUAAUGCUAAAGUAUUGACAGAUAUGCUUAAUAAUUACAAACCAGAGGAAACCUCUAACGAAGAGAAAGAAUUGAUGAAGGAAUUGUACGAAAGUUGUGAGAGAUUGAGACCAAAACUUUUCAAAUUGGCGGGAGAAGUGGACGAGAACGAUGAAGGAUUUGAGGAUCUGCUCAAAGCGAAUGACGAAUUAACGGCAGUGAUCAACAACUACAAGAAGAAAAUCGGCAUUAAUGACGUUGGGGCCACAAAUGGCGAAAGUGCAAAGGAUAGUUCAAAGAAUGAAUUGUCUCUGAUGGAUCUUAGUUCUCCAACACAAGAAGCAACUGUAGAUACUCACAAAGAUGCUAUCAUACUGGAUGAAGAAUUACUCGCUUUAGGUUUGAAUGAUUCUUGUGUUGCACCCGUUAGCAAAAAUUCAUUGGAUGCCACAACUAAAAAGGUUGAAAGCAACCAAAUGGAUUUGAGGCAAAUUUUUUCUUCUGCUAUUAUCGACAGUAAUUCUCCUAAACCGAGCAUGGACGGCACCAGCAGUCUCCUAGCCAACACGUCCGUGGAAAGUAGCAUGCCAUAUGCCACGAUACCUUCGUCGUCAUCCAGCGUGCCAAACAUCACGCCCGUGGUGCCCCUGUUGCCAGCCGAAAUCAAACCCGUUCCAUUCAGUACUAUUUUACCACAGGAAACGGCUACCGUUAUGAAAGCAGUAUCUGCCUCUUCGGCGGUCUCGCAUCUAGUCGGUAAAAGCGAGGACAAACUAGUUACGAAUUCAUUUAAUACUCAAGAAAAAAUCUCUUCCUCCGCUUCAAAGGCUUUUGAAGAUUUGGAUGCUCUCGGACAAUCUCUCCUGAAACAAAGCCUGCCACCUAACGUGCCAUUAAAAGCAGAAUUUCCAAGUACCCCUCAAAAAUUACCGAUGAAUAAAAUUCAAAAACAAGAUACCUCAUCACCAAAUUCUCCCGUACACUCGAGGUCGUCGUUGACUCUAGUCAAUAGUCAACCUUUGAUAGGCAAUUCCUCGCUACAAAAUUCAAGAGACUCUCCUUCAAAAAGUCCCUUGCACGAUACAUCAAUACUGAAUGAUAUUACAGUUCCGUUAGAAACAAUUAAACCAGGAAACACUCCACCUCUUCCGUUACACGAGAAAAAUGGAGUGUCAGUCGUAGUGCAUUUUGGUAAAGAUAGUCCAGUGCCUGAUGUUUUUGUUAUGGUUGUGUCAACUCUAAGUCAGAAUGCAAAUCCUGUAAAGAAAUUUAGUUUCCAUGCAGCAGUACCAAAGAAUAUAAAAGUCAAAUUACAACCACCCUCGGCAACGGAUCUCCCGUCUUACAAUCCGAUACUUCCACCCGCCGCCAUUACCCAAGUCAUGCUGAUUGCUAACCCAAACAAGGAAAAAGUUCGUCUGAAGUACAAAAUUAUGUAUACGAUUAACGAAGAAACUUUCUUGGAUAUAAAUGAAGUCGACAACCUGUUUGGAUCGAGGUGACCGGUUCGAGUCCGGAACUCCUUUCGUCCGGCCGCCGAGGUCAUCACUUCAAUCUUUGUAUUUGGGUCACACUAUAGCCGCUAAAAUCCUCGACGCCACGUCGGCUCGGUAUAGUUAAUAUCUUAUACCGGCAAAGAAUGUAGUGAUUAAAUUUAUAUUUUAAGAGGCACCGAUGCACUAGAAUGCAAUUUUCGGAGACGAGAGAAUUCCCACACCUCCCCAUAAUUUUUGUUGAAACUGUGAUAUAAUUUAUAUAAAUCAAAAUAAGCCAUUGUUUGACAAAGAAGCAUUCCUCCUCUCGAUUAAUUGUUGUUUCCUUAGUUAUGAUGUUAUCAUGUAAAUAUCUCGACCGACUUCGGCUACUUUCUCAUAUGGAUGUAUAAAAUUCUUUAAGCCUCACGAGAUGCAUUGAUCAAAAAAUAUAUUAAAUUUGUGUUAUUUUUUACAUAUUUGAUUUUUCUUCACAUUUCUUGUAUGUAGUAGUUGUAAUAAAAAUGUUAAAACAC